AUGGCGGGGCUGUGGGCCUGGACCGUGAAUUUGGUUGCGAUGGAGACCGUGUCCCUGGAGCACCAGAUCCAGAGCGUGCAGCGGCACAUUGCUUUUCUGAAGAAGGAGCAGAUGGAGCUGCUCCAUGACCUGCACCUGGAGAUCCUCCGCUUACAGAAGCACUGCUCAGAGCUCACCCAUGACCUGGAAAUAAAAGAGCUGGAAGCCCGCCAGCAAGACGUUCUGGCCCGGGAGCUGGAGGAGAAGUGCCGGGCGAUGGAGGCCCAGCUGCAGGAGAAGGAGAAGGACAACCUGGAGCUGCGCAAGGAGCUGCGGCACAAGGAGACGCUGGUGGCCGCGCUGGGGGCCCGCCUCCGCAGCCGGGGAGGAUCCCCCUUGCCCGAAGGGUCUGAGCCAGGGAUGCCGCCGGCAGCGCUGCGGGGCAGGCAGGCAACCCAGCAUGGGGUCUGCGGAGGGGAAACGGCUGAGCGCCUGUCCAGAGCUUCCAAGGAAAGAAAGAAGAAAGAAAGAGAGAAAAAGAAAGAAAAUUAG